UUGUUUGAAUUUUGAAAUAUAAAAAUCACCUAUUAAUUGAGACAAAAGGGUAUAUUUUAUCCUUAUGUAUAUAAUAUAAUUUUUUAUCGAAAGAAGUCUGAUGAACCCUUUGAACCCAAGUGGCUCCGUCCGUGGCUCCUUAUAUCAGGCCUCGUGUUUCUCCAACUCCUCUCCUCAUUCAGCAAAUAUGUAUACACCCAUUGAGCUGUAGGAAAAUAUGGGUACUCAAAGCUUACACAGAGAAUUUGGAGAAGAAAAAAUAUGUGUUUCUGAGAGCUAUGUUGUAGACAUGGAGCACUUAUCUAAUCUUGUGGAGAAAGAUAUAAAUGCAAAUUCAAGAAUUACUUUGCAGAAAAAUCAUUCGAGGAAGGGUUCAAUGAAAAAACCGAAUUUCAACGAUGUCAAUGAGAAAGACACAAACCUAAUGGCGACUUCACCAAGAGCUUUUUUGCUAGGAGCUAGCAUGCCCGAAAAGCCAAUGGUCGUAACAAUGGAGAUAGCUGAUCACUCCACAUCACAUGUACAUAAUCAGAACACAACAGUGGUGGCCGCCAGCAGCGGUGCAGCCACCAUCAGUGGUGCUACUGCCGUCGAUAGCAAAGUAGUUGUCUCCAGGAGAUUCAGUUUCCGACGAUCCUCUUCCUCCUCACCUUGGGCAAUUGAUCCCAGGAGGAUACUUGUUUUCUUUGCUACCUUGUAAGUAUGGGAACAAUACUAUUGAUCUAUUUCACACUAUCCAUGACCAAGCUCAACGGAGAAGAUAAAGCUUCAUAUUGAUCUAUGUUCAUACUAUACAAUGCUGUGAUCAAUGGAGAAGACAACAUUCUCAGCUGACAUUAAAGACGUCAAAAAAAUGUUUCCCUAAUAACAAAGUGAUGAGAAAGUCUGAAGCUCCAAAUAAAAAAUCAAUAUGCUAGCGAAGUAGAAGAGAUUAAGCAUAACUGGUUUUUGGGUGACAGACUAACUGUGAACAUUUGGAAGUACAACGAAAGAAGCUUGAUGAAUGGAGUCAAAGAGAUGCCACAAAAAAACAGAUAAGACCUUCCAUUAGAAAGAGUUUAAAUGGCAGAUGUAUAAAAUUUGAGUCUUAACUUCUAUACAGCGACAUCACGUGUUUGGCUCAUUAAUAAAGAAAACAGGAUUGCAUGUGAGGAGGCAUGUCGAAAACAUAAAUAAAGCAAAUCAAAGCAAAUUUUUUCUGACCGCUUAAACUUUUAGAUGAUUUGAAGCUAUUAGUAUCUCAUUGUGAAUCCUCAUACUGCUUGUCCUCCAUUAGUUU